AUGACGUCCUGUAACACCGACUUGGACCCUGAUGAAGUCGAGUUUCUGCACGAGACAUACAAGGGCAAGGAAGUCAUUACUCUCGAGGAUGAAUCAGAUCAUGUCAACGACAGUGGACAGACAUCUCGCAAAUACUCACCACAUUUCAUGAUAGACUUCCGCCUGCUCGAUCUCCCGGCGGAACUUCGAAUCCAUGUUUACUCGUUUUUAGUCCCACACAACAUGGUGAUUACAUUCGAGCGGUAUGGAUGGUCCAGUGGCAGCGAACCUGAUUGGACCAUUAAUGCAUUCCAAAAGGGCGACGACGUUCCAUACAAGAUAGGAGGCAAUCCAUACUACAGAAACACAAAAGUACGACGCUAUAAUCAUUUCAAAGUCGAGACACAACUAUUCCGAGUGAGUAAGUCCGUCUCCAAUGAGGCCAGGUCGGUUCUGUAUGGAUCGAAUACCUACAACUUGACUGUUCAUGGAAAUGCCGUGUGGCCAAAGUCACUGCGGAGUCCUUUCGUCUUCGGACCUUUCGGCCAUCCCGCUCGACUACCUCUACUACGAAAUCUGCGAAGCAUCCAUAUCGACGUGAUACCCGAUGUCGAUAGCCACUGGGCGGUCAAGCGUCAACGGUCAAGACUCGAAUAUCUUGUCGAGAUCCUGAAAGAACAUGCAGACGACAGCGACCAAAAGUCCCUUUUGCAGAACCUGAAAGUUGACUUCCAGUUAGUCUCGCCAGACAAGGCCGAGAGGAGGCUGCGCGAUCGUCCUGCGUGGCCGCGGGUCGUGAAGCCUGGAGUUCCUGAGGACGUUGGGAAGUUCAUGUUCGGUCUUGAAAGCCUGGCAUCCCUUCGCGGUAUUACGGACGUCGAGAUCAACGGACUACCAGAGUGGUACGCGAAAUGCAUACAGCUAGCUAUACAGGGCAAAGGAGGAGAUAUCCAAGAGACGGGCUGGCCGCUCGUGGAACUCAAACGUCGCGCAAAUGGGAAGCGCAGGUCGUCGAAGAGAUUGUUGGUCUCGAUUCGCAAAUGGCAUCAGCCAACGCUGGAUUGGAAGGAGUUUGCUGAACGCAACGGCAUUACAACUCCAGCUGACAUUGACAAGUUCUCGGCAGAUGAGAAGUAG